AUGUCAGUUCUUCAUGACGAAAUCGAAAUUGAGGACAUGGAGUACGAUGAAGACGAACAGCUCUAUCAUUAUCCCUGUCCUUGUGGUGACCGAUUUGAAAUAUACAAGGCUGACUUGGAGAUGGGUGAAGAUAUUGCACGUUGUCCCAGCUGUUCUCUCAUAAUUCGUGUGAUAUACGAUUUAGAUACUUUCCUCCAACGUACUGAGGAUGAAAAGAAUACGGGCGUAAUCUCAGAUGUUUUUCGAAAUUGUACAGAUUUUUUCAUUCAAGUUUUGGCGUCAAUGUCGUCAGUGCUUGAAAAGAAAGCCGAAAUCGAUCUCAUCCGCUCCGUCUUUACAUCUGAUGAGUUGAUUUUUAGUGACCCUUCCUUAAUCGAAGAACUGGAUCUUCUCGCCUCGCAGAAUCUACCGAUUGAGGAUAAGGACAUUGAGUUAACACUGAAGAUUGCCUUCCCUGAGUUAGCCAUAAUCGUUGACCUAUCAAUUAGUCUGCCCAUCGGCUAUCCCCAACUUCCCCCCUCUAUCAUUCUCCGUGUCAAACAGUCGGAAUCUAUAGUGAAUGAGAAGGCUCUCAAUACUGCUUUCCAUGAGUGGCUUGAUGAUGCUUGUGGCACCGCGGAACCCGUUAUCUGCUCCGUCGCAGACUGGCUCCGCUCCGCCCUAGAUGAGGAUCACUGGGACGCCUACCUAGGCCGCGAUGCCUUUAAAGUGGCGAAAUCGUCACCACCACAACCGCAACUGAAAUCCGUUACUCCCAUGGAUUGUCAUCCCGCGACAUCAUCGAAAACCCUGCCCAAAAAGGGGUCUCAGGAGGCCGAAGUAUGCUAUUGGAUUUUCUCCCAUCACAUUCGAAACCCCAAGAAACGCAAAGUGAUUGUGGACUGGGCCCGCGAGUCCAAUCUCACCGGCUGCUGCCUUCCUGGGAAACCAGGAACAGUGGUGGUUGAGGGGCCAGAAGACAAAGUUGAGGAGUACUGGAAACGUAUCAGGGUGCUUACAUGGAAGCGAAUUCAGUUAAAAGACCGGGAGGUGAUCACCCAGCGACGAUUCACAAACGGCUUCUUCGAAGUAGGCGGGACAUUAGCCGAGAAGAUUGGGUAUAUGAGAGAGCACGGGAUUAGCCAGGAACGAAUUGCUGCUCAUUUUGGAUUUAAAGUAGACGAAUCUUCUAUCAACGCCAAAUAA